AUGAUAGAUAAAACUGCAGCCACCAAUAAAUUACCUUGGUUGGUAAUAGGUGACUUCAACUUUAUCCUUCAUGAUACUGAAAAAUUCAGUACAGAUCCAAUUGAUACCUCUGAAGAAGCUCUAUUCCAAAACAAGAUUUUUGAUCUUGACUUGAUUGAUCUUGGUUUUACUGGAUGUCCAUUCACUUGGUCAAACAAAAGAAGGGGUCAUGCUCUUACUGAACAGAGAUUAGAUAGAGUACUAGUUAUUGAUGAUUGGCUAUCCCUUUAUCCUAACACCACUAUCACCAAUAUGCUAGCCAUUGGGUCUGACCAUCACCCCGUCCUGCUGAACUCCAACCCACAUUGGAAAAAUGGAAAGAUUCCUUUCAAGUUCUUUGUCCCUUGGAUGGAUCAUGAAGACUGCAAGAAAAUUAUAGCUGAAUGUCGGAGCAAAUCUCUUUCUGGUUCCAGUGCUUUCACCAUUGCCAGAAGACUCAAAGAUAUAAAGCUCAAAAUCAGAGUAUGGAACAAGGAUGUAUAUGGCAACAUCAAGACUAAUAUUGAAGAAUGCAAACACUAUUUAAACUGGCUCCACAACAACUAUUUCAAAAUUGAUAGGGGUCAUGCACUAGCUGAUGCAAGGAAACAACUCAAAGCUUGGCAUGACAUAGAAGAAAAGUUUUGGAAAACCAAAAGCAGAGGUCAACUAAUAAAAUUGGGAGAUCAAAAUACAAUCUAUGUUCACAGAGCCACCAAGAAUAGAAUUAGAAGGAACAAGAUUGAUACAAUACAAGAUGAGAAGGGAGAUUGGAUUACUGACUAUCAAGAAGUCAAAAAUUGCUUCACUACGCACUUCUCCAACAUGGCCACUGCUGAACCUAUAAACAUCUCACCAGAAAUCAUCAAUCUCAUACCCACUACUAUAACAUCUGCUGACAACAAUCUGCUCAACAGACAACCUGAUCACAAUGAAAUAAAGUUCAUUCUCUUCAGCAUGGCUAGUGAAAAAGCUCCAGGUCCUGAUCGUUUCCCACCAAAUUUCUUCAAAACCAACUGGGAAAUAAUAGGAAAUGAGGUUUUCAAAAUGUCCUUAUCCAGAACUCUUAUCUAUGCUGAGGAGUUGGGCCUUAUCCAUGGCAUAAAGAUCUGCAAAGCUGCUCCUUCUAUCAACCACCUUCUUUUUGCUGAUGACUGCAUGAUCUUCUGCAAAGCCAACUUGCCUGAAGCUCAAAACACUAUGGAUAUCUUACAGAUCUUUGGAAGCUCCUAUGGGCAACUCAUUAACUAUACUAAAUAUGGAGUUUUCUUCAGCAAAAACACAAACCCAAGCCUUAUACCUCUAAUCAGCACCACUAUGGGUGUUCAAAUUCUUCAGUUGGAUGAUAAAUAUCUAGGUUCACCCCUUUCACACAUAGAAGCAAAAUGA